AUGGGAAUACCUUCCUCCUAUUUAAGCCUGAUCCCACCGCCUCCCGUCACUCCGUACUCCCCUGAAGGCGGUCAUUAUUAUUCCUCCGCCCCCCCCGUCUUCCCCGGCCUGGACGUCAGGCCUCGACUGGGCUCCAAUAGCACAUCGAGCCCCUCGGGCAUGGCACAUGCCCCUCGGUCCACAACAUUGCCACAUCCAGGAUCACACUUGGGUGCUGCGCGUGAUAUCUACGCGACAGGGACGCCCUCCUUCAACAGGCGCCAGCCAGAUCACCACUUUAUCCCGCGGUCCCCCUCCUUCCCUUCACGACGGCCUCACCUCUCGCCCACCAACAGCCCGGCCAGUUACGCCUCUCUCAAGAUGGACUCUGGAUUCGGGUCCAAGUCGCAGCAAAACAUCCCGCCACUGGGAAGCUUGACACAACACGGCCAUUUGUCAUAUGCUGACCAGAAUUCGACUCCCAUCAAGGUGGACAUCAACGGCAUCAUCGACAAGGGCUUUUUCCUGGCCGACAAUGAGUGGACCUGCUAUAGACGCAACUACUUCUCAUGCAUUUGCUCAUUCUCUCUGUCGCCCGUGCUCCCGCAUGCGGGCAUCCAGUUCCAGCCAACGGGAUCUACACAGGCGCACACAGUGUUCGGCUUCGCCAUGUGUAUUUCUGCGGUCGUGGCAGACAACGACAACCACUCCAUUGAGCUCGUCCAGCACACGCCCAAGCGAGACAAAGGGCCAAUCGCCAAACCAGAGAAAGUCCGGCUCUCAGCAAAGCCGCAGCAGGCUACACACCAUCCACUCGCAUUGUACGGGCCAGACGGCGGCCUCGCAUCCUCCAGGCCCUACGAUCAAGGCUUUGGUGCUCCUCCGCAGAAUUCGGCUCCCACUGAACACACAUUUGAGCGUAUUCAGUUCAAGCAGGCCACGGCCAACAACGGCAAGAGGAGGGCUGCACAGCAAUACUAUCACCUUAUCGUGGAGCUGUGGGCAGAUGUUGGGCAGCAGCAGGGCUCGGACUCGUACAUUAAAGUUGCGCACAAAAAGUCUGCCAAGAUGAUCGUGCGUGGGCGCUCUCCUGGACACUACCAGCCCGAGAGGAGGGGAAGCACGAGCAGCGGGCCUGGAGGUUCUGGCGGCGGCAGUGUCGGUGGAGGCUUUCCGCCGGGACUGAUGGGCCCCGGUGGUGAAUAUUCUACCGGAUCCUCCAUACUCCAGGGAGGGUAUCCAUCGUACGACCCUCGUUCUAAUCCCUAUGGCGGUACUCGACAUCAUCACGAGCUCACCAUGGAGCCCAUGAUCUCGGCGGAUGAGGUCAAGGCCAUCGCCGAAACGAAGGCCUAUCAAUACUACCCUGCAACAAUUUAUGAGAGCGAACACGAUCCGAGACAUCACCAGCAUCACCCAGUUGAACUCUUCACGCACUCGCGUCACGAUGCCUCAGACAGCGGGACCAACAGCUCCAUGAGUACAGGAUUCGACCCAGCCAAGGUGAAGCCUGAGAUGGAAGGGCUUCCAAGCAUCUUCUACCCACCACAGUCCUACUACGCCAACAACCGCUGCAGCCGGUUCGAAGGCAAGCCGAGCUCGGCUGGACAUUACCCUACGCUCAUUCCACCGCCUUCUUCCUCUUCAGCAAUGAACAUGACGUGAUAGACACACGACGCCGUUCAGCUUGUACCUAUUUGACGUAACGACACAUUUUCUACCAACGGCUUGGGCGCUCCACGACUUUGAACGAGCCAGCGAGCGAUGAUCUACUCUUUACACAACAGCUUUGCAAAAUCUCAUGAACAAUAUAAACCAAAAAAGAAAAAAAAACGUGGAAGAAAAGGUGGUUAAACAUCAAGAGCAUUUUUCUAUUCUUCCGGUUCUUGAUCUCUCAGGCUGGAAAGCACAAAAGGUCUCUAGAGCUUAUUGAGCCUGUCGGGAAUAGGCACAAGGAAAUCGGUUAUCAAGAGCUGGACGGGCAAACUGGUUUCUACGGGGCAUGGAUUUCGGCUUUUCUAUCUUUGUUGUGCUUGGAAGUAAUGGAGGGGUGGUUGCUACGCGGCACGGUGGUUUGAACAGCUUACCUGAUGCUGGCCACAACACACGCCACACAUCACAGACACACACACACGCAUGCGAUAUGGGUAUGGGUACGGAUACAUACACGGGACUUGGGAUCGGAAAGAACACCAAACGGUUGGGUUGUUACUGGGAGGAAUUUUCGUCGGCUUAUUUGCUUCUACUUCUAUUGAUCUUUCCUGCUUUUCGGCUUAGGAAAGUUGUUUAAAAAGGGUUUUAGGUACAAGGGUCGGAACCACCAGGUCAGAGAGCAUUGCAAGGAUACCCGGGUGCAUCGUCUUUAAUUUCUGUUUUUGUCUUUUUUAUUUGCCUUGUCAGAUUUCACUAACCCAACCCACCACACGUUGCGUUUCAUUUACUUUACUUCUUGGACGUUGUUGCCUUUCAGCGAUCAUCGGUAUGUGUUUGUCUUUGGCGGCGAGAUAUCGGCGCAGGGAGGUUGAACGACGGCCUGUGUCACCUACCAACAACACCUCAGCCGCGUCAGUCGGGUUCAAGGGAACAAGCCGAAACAGACUUUCUUGCAAGUGCUGCAGAAUAGUGUCUGUACUGUCAGGGUGGCCAUGAGGGAACCGCAAGGAUGAUUUUGGCCCAGGCCAGGCCGCCGAGAAAUUCAGGACCUUUGCGAUAGGAACAGGUAGAUGGGGCAGACACAAGACCGACAGACGGGCAGCACUGAGCGUGGGCGAUCAAAAACACGGCUCAUACAACUCGGAACAGGGAAUGAGGAAAUGGUUGGAUGGGCGCAGGGGAUAACCUUGCGAGGACUCAGAUCACGAACGCCCCUAAAUCCGUUCAAGGUUGUUGGUAGCUCCGGCUCUCGCUCGUCUGCAGGGAUUUCCAUUCUGGCGUGUUCAUUUUGUUAUUUCCACUCCCUUGCUUUUUUUCUAACAUUCAAUGUAUUCAUCUUUGUUCUGACUUCGUCAAACCAGCCUGUCAAGCUGAUCUGUCUACCGUAUUGGCCGCUUUGCCCUGUUCGCGCUUCUGGUUCAUCCAUCCAGUGUACCCAGCGCGUCAAAAAUAACGGGCAGGACCCAGGUGCAAGAUUGUCAACCGUGUAACACGAACACCUUCAGCCAAGCAUGACUAGGACCUAACAAGAGCAAGGCCAUUGUACGUUGGUGCGAGGCACAGGCGCAACACCUCUCUAGUCCCCACGACAGAAGUUAGUGUGGCAGUCCAUUUUCUCAUCUAAAGUUACACAAGAAAUCGAAGCUUGGUUGCACAAGGGACUCGAACACCGAAGGAUCGCCCCAGCAGCUGAUUGCGGUUGGUUGGUUCUCCGCCAGAAUCUGACGGCCGGUGACACGAGGCAGACGAGAAGCGCCAUGGCCCUCAACCUCUACCGCCAAACCUCGCACAAACUCUGUCUUGACCUCAAACACCUGGGGCUAUCUAAAUGCGACCCUGAUAUUAUGGCUUCAGAGCAUGCUGCAUACUCCAGUGGGGGGGGGGGGGAGAGGGAAUACACUUAUCACGCAGCCUCGGAGGACCAUUUCGAACAGAUUGGGUCUGACUAAUCUGCUCUGUUGGUUUUCGUGUCCCCUUGGUUUUGCCUGUCAGGAGAUGCGGAAGGACCCGGUGGUUGCAUCUGAGGAACAUGCUGACCAGCGGUGAUAAGGUGACCCCAAAAGGGCAACGGCUUCACCAAAAGGCGGGGUACCUCCCAUCAUUAUGCCUUCUGCUUCACCUAUACCUUUAAGAGUUGAAAGGAUCGCAAAUCGAAUACGUGGAGAUUUGCUUUCUAGGUUGGCCUGAACUAUACGACGCGGCCCCGGGAUGCUUCGAGAGCUCCAUGCUGCAGGUGGCUGGCUGCCCGGCUUGAUCUGACGGCCGGAAGGCCGGGAUGGCAUCACACUCAUCGCAUCGCACUGGACUCGCGUUUUUAAAUUCCCCACAGUGACGAGUUGCUCUGCCACGUUUCAAGUAGGUGAUUCCAAUCGCUGCUGCAGUUGUAUGGCUGUGUGCGUACCCGCAAGUCUGCCUCAACCUGUGUGGCCCGGCCAUCUUUCUGCAGUUUCCAUGGCCACCAUGGGUGGAAGGACCUACUCUCGUCCUCGCGAAUGUCUCUAGCUAGGUCCUCUGCUCUUUCCUAUCUGCCUUCGUGUGAGGGUGGGUAAGCCGCAGCAAACAAUCUCAUCACUAUGCACGCCAUGGAAAUGCAACAUGUCAAAAAAAACCGUACACCAAUUUGAGCAAAAAAAGAGCGCUACAACCAGCAAGGAAAACCGCCAGAUUCAUGACGCCCCCCACCAUGCAGAACGACCCUGGGGAGGAUGCCAGCUGAUUGCCACACUUGUUGUUUUCACCUCCCCGGGCCAUCAUGUAACUGUAUUACGACACAGCACAUUCUUCCAGCAGCAUCUUGAACCACGGUCAUAUCGCCAUUUUUCAAAAUUCGGUGGGGACGGUCAUUUGAGGUUGUGCAGCCCUGAACGCUUGGCUGUGUCGUGUCACCGCUUAUCCGCUCAUCUGCCGAAGAGGCCGGUCUGGGGCCGGUCCACCCUCCCUCCUACCUCAGGAUGACUUGCAUGAACCGAGCUCGAAGGGCCAGCAACACAUUAUUUUUAACAACCCGUCCGCCAAGAGUCAGCACCCCAUCCCCAAAGCAGCCGGCAUGCCAUCCGCGCACACCGGUCUGCUAGCUUUCGUCAUUAUUGGGUUGUUCACCAACGAGAGAGCUUCAUUUUUCGGUCCAGUCCCCCCCCCCCCGAAAUCACACCCUGUGCCGAUGCAUCGCUGCCAAUGCACUGCCUCGAACUCAUAUUGAGGAUAACCCCACCGAACCUUUCAGGCCGCGGAAGCCAGCCCCGUUGAUUCGACAGAAUCCCCAACUACAACACAACAAGUUGAGUCACAGAUGUUCUGGCUGCGCAGAACCUUAGGCACCCUCCAUGAGAAAUCACUGGCAGGAAGGGGAGUGGAUGUCACCUGGUGACCAAAGGCGCGGCGCAGUGUUAGCAACUCAACCUGGCCGGAGGUCCCUCGUUCGGCUGCUCCGUGCAGAACACUGUCAUAAGAAAUCAAGCAGCGAAAGAUCAAGGAAGGCUUCGGAGACUGGAGGUCAAAAGCGCAGGCGCUAGUGGGAGCCAUAGAGGUUCUUGGCUCUUCAUAGCGUAUGGUGGUGGUGCCAGAACCCUGCAAGUGCGCCAUGGCAAGCGUAUGGGGGUCUGUGUUUCCACUGCCGGCGAUCUGUCACUUUACACGGCACCGAAGGCACUUCUCCAACUGGGGGACAACCGCUGGGACUCCCCGCACCUUUGGUACACCCCAACUCGACCCGAGAGAGCGGUAGAGGGGCUUGAGCCCCCCCGCAAUGGGAGCGCCAUUGGGAACACAACAGGACGGACAGCGCAGUAGCGUAGUGCCCAGGGCCAUUUGCGCUAUCCGCAACGCAAGGGCAGAUGGUUGGGAACACCGUUUCUUGGUUCUUCUCAUGUGGCUCUAUCCAUUUGAUUCCCACUGCUGAAACUCCGAGAGCAUUCGGCGAAAUAUAAACCAGGCACAAGGCGAAGGUUGGCGAUUGGUAAGAGACGAUCAGGGAAAGCCCGAAGCCGAUCUCCGUUCCGCGUCAGCACGUGUGGACAACUCCGUAGUUUCGGGCGCGAACGGAGCAAACCUCGGGGUUGUUGUGCGGCGCAGUCACCCAGCUUGCACUAGAACGGGCCGGACCAACAGCAUCGUCAGGCCUCAACCACUGAACCAACACCAGAGGCCAAGCAAGGUAGGGGCAAGCUCACUGGAAGCGUCUGUUGUCUAAAUAAGGUUUCGGGGCUAAGUCGCCUAAAACCACAAGGAUCACCAUCAUCCUGGGGGCUGCCCCCACCGUGCCCGCUUGUGUCCAGGGCUUGACCUGUUGCCAAGGCGCGCUGCUUCUGCUCGUCCCGCCCUUGGUGUCGUCGCACAAACCUCUGAACAGCAACACACGAAGUCGGGCCUGCCGCCAUGCACAAGGCUCACGAACCAAUUUUGAAGAGUUGGGACACGCUUGUCUUCUGGGUGGGGCAGGAGAUAUCGUGCCAUGAAGAAAGAGACAGAAACCGGGCUAAAUCUGUUUCCCUAGCACACCCCCCUGAAUACAAGAUACGAGAUCUCCGGAACUAGCUCCGAAAGUUUUGAGCUGGACGCACCGGGGCUUGAAAGUAAUCAACGAACUGUUUUCGACUAGAAGGCCGAUAACGGCAGCUAGAGAGUGCAAGACAUUGACAUAUGGCUGACGCUGAGUCUCGAUCCCGACAAACCAUUACGCCUUGUACCUCCAUCUCUUGGACCUGGUUUUGCCAGAUAGGAGUGGUACUGCACCACCAAACUCAACACCAUCACGCUACCACAGCAUUAUGCUGGUGCAACGCGGCUGCCGUUGCGGCCCGUGUUUUUGUUGCUGCAGCGUCCUUUCAGAAAGUAAUCAUUGUUGGAUGUUGUUUCACCUCGGUCUAACGACCUUGCCGGACCGUCCCGCUGCCGUCAAGUGAUGACUGGUCUUGUCUUGGCCGAUACUAUUUUCUUCUGACCGCCUCUUGACUUUUUUCACGUUUGCUAUAUGCCUCUGCUCUUGUCGGUGCGGCCUUCGCCGGGGGGUCUGCGACGAACCCCUGCAGCCAGCCGCCAUCUCCGAUCCGUUUUGCGGGAAGGCUUCGGUCCCGGAGUUCCAUCUCCGAGAGCGAUGGGCGAAAUCCCGCUGUCAUCCCAACAGCAUAUUCCAGUCAGCUGCAACUGCCGCUGCCGGUGUAAAAAUCACGGCGAGGUCAGCCUUGUCCUGCAUCUGUUUCAUUUAUAUCUUCUUAUCAGCCGUGGCUGGUGAUGAAUGAUGUUCCAUUGUAAGUAAAGCCACCAUCUUCUCGGGCGGUCUUUUAGCGGAACAAGCCGACAGAACCAAUCUGCGUGCAUGCUGCGGUGAAGAAUCUUACAGCCUCAAACAUUGGGGGGCGGGGUGGGAGCUACUUGCGUGAUGCAACGGGCUUUCGGCAUAUCCAUCUGGUGACUGGGUGAGGUUGGAGUUUGGUAAUCGACAAAGACCGGGGGAUUGGGGCUUCCCGUGGUUGGCGCUGGCUGGCUACCGGGAAUGAAGGUGUAUGUACCACAAGCGUUAGGCUGACCGCUUGUUUGGUGGGAUAUUUGCUCGUCUUUGGGUUGACAUUCGGCGGGAUUAAAAAAGGGCUGGUGGGAAAUAUUUAGGCGAGUUUAUUGUCUGGCAGGUGCUGUUGGUGGAAUCGCGCCAGAGAACGGGAACUGUUGCUGGGACUAACAGCUUUUUGCACUGAGACUUGGUUGCAGUAAGCUUGGGUCACACAGCAGAUACAACUUCACCUAAGUUUGUAGGGCUGAGAUGUGUGCGUGUAGGCCGUUUGGUAAAAGUGACUUGUAUAUAUGUAUGCAUGCCUGUCGAUCGUCAAAAAUGACAGAAAAGACAUGAAACGCUGGGGUUGUUGUAGGUGUGUGGUUGGUUGGAUUGUGCGGUCCAUUCAGAAGGCGAAAUGAGAGGGAGGGGGUGGGGAUACACGAGUGGCUGUAUUGGCUGGAUUUAUUCGCGAGGCUGUAUAUGCCCCGGUGGAUGGACCUUUACAAUUGGACCUACCUAUCACUGGCGAAGAGCCGCAUGAAAAGAGGGGGCUGUGCUUGAGGGCGACGGUGGAAGGCGACAUAUACGACGGCGAGAAGCAUAGAUUAAUCGCCCACCAUUCAUGAAGCCUCCCUCAGCCUUGUGAGGUUAUCCUUCGGCCAUUUUUAUGCUUGAGAAAUGGACCUUGCGCCUCUUACUCCGGAGGGCGGGGGUUGAGUUUACUCCGGAGUCCGGUUGCAGGUUUGUGGCUGGAGCUGGCGUGUGGAGCGUGAGUGAUGUCUUCUGAAAGAACCUGGAAAGGCCAAAGGGAGCUGAGCGGAUUUCGGGCAGUUAGGUCCAUGGGGGUGAGCAGUGACGUUGGUGGCUACAAGGUUCACGGAGAUGGGGUGGUAUUGGUGGUGUUGGUAGUUUUCUUUUCGGUGUGUGGAGGGCCUGCGCACGGGUGGUCAUGCGGAAGGGAAUUGUCAUUGCCGUGGGUCGGUGAUGGAGGUGCGGGUUAGAAUGUGUCGAAGUGUAUUCGCCGAUUUCCUGAUUGGGAGCUGUGGAUGAGUAUGCAACACAGGUCCUGAGCAUCGAGCUUGGCCAUGACGAGCUGAGGGUGAGAGAAAUUCUCGCCGGUCUGGAUUUCCACCAUCGUCUGGGGUGGGGUGAGAGCAGCGGAAACCGUUUUUCUGUUUGGAAGUGUGGUUGUGGAUUCCAUACUGUUUACCCAUACUGUCAAGACGAGACCAUUCCCUUUCUAGCUUAGAGCUGGGGAAAAGUUGUCUUUGUACCUCUAACUGGGCGGAACGUACCCUCUUGUUUCACCCAUGUAUCUUUUUUCUUUUCGUUUUAAGUGGGUGUGGAAGAACGAAAAAAAAUGCAGUGUCUUGGUUUUUGAGAUUUGGGCAUGCAAGCCCACGAUCUCUGACUGGUUAGCACAGGGUCUUCGAGAGCGAGACAUGCAUGGGAUUGGAAAGAGUAUCCUGUUGUUCCUUUCUUCUUCAGCGCUUUCUGACGCACACGUGGAUGAGGGAAAACGGGAUUUUCAGCUGGGGCCGUCAAUGUGAGUCUAUCAUUGCUCUUUUAGAAGGGUACCGGUGAGGUUAUUAACAACUGGUUUGAUAGUACCGGUGAGAAAAUAACCUAAUAAGAUAUCUGUAGUUUUCUUUUCGGGUCCUAGCUAUCUAUUCUACUUAAUUUAAUGGAAGAUACCGCUGUUAUCAGCAUAGUGAGAAUAUACCCAUUCAUAAUAACGCAGUAGAAGCCGAUAGUGUUCGGACCUCAGAAAGUAUAAUAAGAGCAUACCCUAAGAGGCAGAGCAAUCCCGCGCAACAUCCGGGGUAAAGUUGUCAAAUGGUGUGGGGGUCAGAUGAUGACCGAUAGGGCAAUCCCGACCAUCGCUCCAAUCAAAUAUCGCGGCCUUGGUUCAGUGAUAAAUAAUCGUUUGCGUCAAGUCCGAAAAGUGAUUUUUGAAGAUGACCAUGCUGUCAGUCAGUGAAAUGGUGAGUCAAAGUCAGCAUCUGCCCGAUAUUGACAGCUCCAAUUUCUUGACCGUUAACAAACAUCCAGCAGCCAUCCCGACAAGGGUCACGUCCAAACAGUCGGGUACCAGCUUAUUUCUCGACCGAGAUCGUUUCCGGGCCCGGAAGCAGCCGUUUCGGAGAAGGCCAGCGUCAGAUUCUCUGGCAGUUUGGGUGGCGCUUUUCAGUUUUCGGGAAGGCCGGGGUGCCGCUAAGCCCUAAAAUGUGAUUGACCCCAGGGAGUUUGGAUUGGGGGGUUCUUGGGAUCUUGGCUGCUGCUUAUCAGGGUAUGUAGGAUUGGCAACGACCAACAAACGUGGGAAUAGUAACACAAAGCUCACCACUCGGCCGUAUUAGAUUGAUGCGGUAGGGUUUGCUUAAUGUUGGACGGCGGUCAGUCAGUUGAGCCGAGGGUGCAUGGUGGAGACGACGGUUUUGCCCCUGACUACGCGGUUGCCACGAUGUUUACUUCCUGCAGGGGAAAAUCGAGUUUGAUAGAGUUUUUCCACUUUCCAAUCUGAAGAUGAUAUGUGAUUGAUUCAGACUAUCUCUUGGUAUCCGUUGUGCUUCGGGUUUGUCCUGCUGUGUACACACACUUCCGCCAGGAUAUGAAUAGGGUA